AUUCCGUUCACACUUCGGAAAAAUUUUCCUUCAUGACGGUCGGCCAUUAUUGUGCGGUGCAAUUUAUUGAAUAAAAAGAUAGUAGAAUCGUGUAAAAUCACUUCAAGAAUUCGUGCAAAACGUAGUUGGAGACCUGUUUUGGUAACAAUUUGAUAAUUUGAGAAACCUGAAAACGUAUUUUGGGCUUUAAAAUGAGUCGUGGAGGUGGAAGAGGAUACCCGCGUGGCGGUUCAAGGGGCGGAAGUUCAUACCGUGGUGGUGGCAGCUAUCGUGGAUCUGAUCAUAGCAGCUACAACGGAAGGGAUCAGUCUCGUAACCGGUACAGUGGAGGCAAUUCAUACACCGAUUCUCGCUCAUCUCGGUACGAUAGCAACCGGUAUUCGCGACAAGACAGCCGUCAGGAUGGCGGUGGUUACAAACGUAAUGAUUCCUACAAGCAAGAUUCUCGGGAUCGUCGUUCACCGGAUCGUAAGCGCCCGAGAACGGAUCACACCGCUCAGGGUAAUCGUCGUGAGUACGGUACAGGUGGAGGAGGUGGCAGCGGAGACUAUCACCAUCGUCGUGAUAACAGCAGUGGUGGUCGCGGAGGCUCAUCCAGCCGGUACCAUCAUGAUAGCGGUAGCUCAUCCUACGAUAAACGUGGCAAUGAUCAUCAUUCGUCUACGGGCGCGGGCGGCGGAGCUGGCAGCCGUGAUCGGUUUGAUAAUCGCAGCAGCAGUCGUGGACGCGGCAUCGGAAGUGCAGACAGAUCACGGGAGACGAUGGGACCCCCACGAUCAAUGGGACCUCGUAACAGUAGUAUUGGUGGUCGAGGACCUCCACCACCGAUGCGGACAACGUUGGGCGGAUCGCGACCGAUGCACAUGAUGUCAACCAUUAGACGAGGUAUGACCCGCGGUAGAAUUAACAGUCAUUUCAGGAACGACGGACGGCGUGGAAUAAUGACCACCCGAUUUCCCCAACGUCGGGACAUAAGAGGUAUUCCUCCUCUGAGACGCCGCUUCACCACCAUUCGUAGUCGGGACGUAGGUCGCAUUGGAAUUGGCAAAAAGAUGGACACCGUUUCUCGAAAGGCAUUGAUCAAACGAGCUCUUGAGGCUGCCAAAGAGCUAGACGAUGAUCACACCACAGAGAACGAGGGUGAUGAUGAUGAGGAAGCCGAUGAAGAUAAGGAUACCACUGGAGCCGAGGGCGCCGAUGGCAAGGUAGAUCUGAACGAUGAAGGUGGUGAAGACGAUGAUGGUGACAAAACGGAAAAAGAGGACGAAGAUGAUGAUGACGACGCGGAAGGGGACAAAGCCACCGAGAAGGGUGACGAAGAUAAGGAAGGUGAUAAAGGCGAUGACACGAAAGAAGAUGGAGAUGGUGACGAAGACACUAAAAAGGAAUCAUCGACAAGUCCCAAAAAAGGAGUCAAGAAGUCGGUAUCUAAAACCGGAAGUGAGGCGAAAUCUGACGACAAGGAUGGGGAGAAGAAAAAGAAAGAGACGAAAAUUACGACCAAAUAUCGAUCUUCAACAUACAUCAAACUCAACUGUUGCCAUUGUGGUACAAAGUGUGUUACAUUUAAGGAAUACCAUACCCAUCUCUACCGUGGGUUGCACCGUGCUGCGAUGCGUCGGUUGGCCGGCAAGACACGAGAUAAGCUCAUGGAAAUGCGCCAAGCUCAGCGUGUGGCCCAAAAGGAAGCGGAUGAAAUAGUAGAGGAAGGCAGUGAGCAGAAAUCUUCUUAUUGCGUACUCUGUCAGCUUAAUUUCCGACAGCCGAAAGCAGUUCAUCAGAAAUCGGACGGUCACAAGGAGAUGAAGCGUUUCCUGAUGCCCUAUUGUGCAACUUGCAAGAUUGGUUUCAAGAGUCCGAUGGCAUACGAAGCACAUCGUGCCUCGCUAGAGCAUCUGAAGUUUAAGGCUCGCGUCGAGCGAUAUGCCAAUAAAGAUGACUCGGGUGAAGAUGGUGGAGCAGAAAUUCGUUUGGAAAACUUUAUGACUGUAGAUGAAGUAGGAAAUGUGGAUGAGCCAACAGACAGUAGCAAGGAUAAUACGUCUACGCCGAAAAAGAGCGCAGGAGCGGAUAACAGCUCAACUGGUCGACCUGGCACCGACGACGAUGAAGAUGAGAGCGAUGACGUCGAUGAAGAAACCGUCAUCGGAUCCGAGCACGUGAAGAAAGUUGAAGUGCAGUACUGCGAUUUGUGCAAUAUGUACUUGCCUCGUCGAGAAGAUCCGGAAAAGGCUCUUCGUUUACACUGCAAAUCUCGACCACACUUGAAGGUAUACAUCAGAAAUCGUGAGGAUAAAAAGCUGCGAGAACGCGCAGAACGUAUUCACAAGAAGAAGUUGACCGACGCCAAGGCGAAAAAAGAUGCCAAGAAGGGAGAAAAGGACACUAGUACAUCAGAAGCCGAUACCAGUGAAAAGGCCGAUGCAAAGUCUGAAAAGAAAACCGCCGGUGAUAAAGAUGCUACCACCGAUGACCAGAUGUGGGAGGUUGUUGACAAUGAUCUCGGUGAUUUAUUACGUGAAGUUAGCGGCCCGGCGGAGGAUGCUGAAGAAGAGGAAGACGAUGAAAAGACAAGCUCCGAGCGGUAUGACAAGUUUAGACAUACUGAAAAGAACGGUUUGGAAAGUAAAAUUCACGAUUCCAAUGUGGAUGAGGAAGAUGUGUCCAGCACUGAGAAAACUGGCAGCGGCAAAAAGCCUGCCAACGGUGAUGCUACCGGCGCAGACAAAGGAGUCGCGGCUGAAGUUUAAAACAAGCAGCUGUAACUUGGUUUUAUUAGAUUAUAGACAUGUGAACCGUAUUUUCAUUAAGACGAAGGUAGAGAUUAAUACCUUCACGUAUUUUUAGCUGUCCAAACCAGAACCCUUAUUUAGGCUUCAAUAUCUAAUCAACUCGUAACAUAAAGUAACAAUAUGUAAUACAGAGAUACAACUAGUGUAACCAUACUUUGAAGUUGGAAUAAACGUAUAAAACCCUGAGAACAA